AAAAAUAUACCUAAAAAUAUUUUUAAAAAAUUUAAAAAAAAUAUUAAUAAAUAAAAUACAAAAUAUGAAAUAAAACAAUUAUAAUUUGUAUAAAUAAAAAUUAAAAAUAUAAGACAAAUAAUAAAUCACAAUAAGUAAAUGUGAGGUAAAACAUUUAAAACUAAAAACGAUUGCAAACUAAACGCCAAAACGUGCAAAAAGUGAAGCAAAAGCCAAAGUGCGCGACAAUUCGAAAUAAAACGUUUGAAAACUAUGCACAAUUGCUCGGGAAUUCAAACAGCAGGCAACCGCACAAAAAAUACGCACGAAAAAUUUGCCGAUUAUAGAAACAAUAAAAAACAGCAGAAAACAAAAAUCUAGUUCAGUGAGUUGUGAAAAUGCUUUGGCAGGCAAAAACUAGUGAAAUGAUGCUGACUGCGAUGACUAUGCGUCGCUGCAACAACAAUAACAACAACAUUGUCGGGCUGCCAUAGACAUUGCGAAUUGUCGCCGCGUAUAUUCUGUGCAUGUACCAGUGACUGCGACAGCAUAACGGAAACGUGAACGAGAACGCGCUUAGCAUAAAUAAAAUAUUCUCGAUAAUUUCGAUGCAUGAAAUUUGAAUGAGGCAAGCGAACAACAAAAAAAAAUCAAGUAAAUAAAUAAUACAUACACACGAACUAGCAGAUGUGCAUAAAACAAUAUUUUUGCAAGUGUAUGUGUGUUUGUGUCGUUGAAGCAGUGAUAUGCUGUUGUAAAAUUGUUGUUGCGAGUGUGUAUGCAACAUUUUAACGUUUUCUAAAACUGAAACUGACAGUAACAGCAACAACAACAUCACAAAUAAGUGACAACGGAAAAAUUGCAACAACCAAAAAAAACUCAUUUGCACACGUCUACUAACGUGCCCAACUACUAUUGCGUAUGUGUAUGUGUGCGUGCAGCAACUGCCAGCGCUGCACGAGUAAUUCACCGCUUGCCAAGCAGCGCACAAGAUACCGUUACAGCACAUUAAAAAUGAGCGUGUGUGCAUAUAUUUGCAGAGAAAUGAAUAGAGCGUUGAAAUGUAGCAGCUGCUGCUGAAAUAUGGACAACUGUAGACGUGUGUGAGCAACUCCACAUAGUCGUUAUCAUAAAAGUGACAUUCGUAAUACAAAAAGCAAAAUAAAAAAAAAAAAAAACAAUUCAAAAUUAUUGUCAUUAAAAUUUCAUAGCGCACAUGAAAAAUGCUAAAAUAUUCAAAUAGUUUGAACAGUGUCAAUGCCGCAAAAAAAUAUGUAAACAAGCAAAUCGCUUUAACCAUUGCCAAACAAGAGUGAAGCGUUACGCUUGACCGCUGCGCUAACCAUGUCAACAAGAAACUGCGAAUUGUAAACCAAAAAGUUGCAAGUGAACUAGAUAAACAAAACGGUAAAUUAAAACGUUGAAAAAGUUUUGCGCUGCGAUCCACGAGUGAAACUGAAAGUCGAAGUGCAAGUUCAACAAAAGCUGCAAAUAAUUGAAAACCUUGAAAAUAAAUUAAUUGAAAUAAGCUGUGAGUGGCUGCAACGCUCAGUUUGUUGAAGCGAAUCACGGUUGAGGCAGUAAAAGCGGCAAAUAUUUUUGAAAUUAAAAUAAAAUUAAACAUCAGCAGUCAACAUGUUUCCGCAGCGUUGCCUAUGUGGCAACAACUUGCUGCGCAUCACUAUGAUGAUAGUGUUCGGCUUGGCAAAUCUAAAUAACGGUCUUACAUCUUACGUUACGCAGGACAACAUUAAUAAUGAACUACAUCGAAAUAUAAAUCAAAAUUUAAUUAUGUCGCCCGUGUCAGCCGGCAUUUCCGGUUCCAUUGUGACGAGCAAUUAUAACGGACCCGUGUCCCAGCCGCCCGCGCUGCCAGCCCCCGGCCAUGGCAGUUUCCACGGCAGCUACAGCGCCGCUUUCACAGCUUCAUCAGAUAUGCCUUAUCCGCCCUCUUCCAUUUCGGCGUCCUCAUCGUAUCGCCACCAACACCAGCAACAACAGCAGCAACAGCAAUUGAAUCUACAACAACCAUACCAUCAAACAAGUGGGAGUAGCAUAACAAGUUUUGAUUCGGCAAAUGUAAUUGAUGAGCGACACCAACAGCGGCAAACCCAUCAGCAACAACAGCUGCAGCACAUAGCACGCCCACUGCACAAAAUGAUUGGAGUGGGGCUCGGCAGUGGUGGUGGCGCCGGUGGUAUUGCUGGGCUUGAGCACAACAACCUCGGCGAGGCGGCGCUGGGCGGCUCAGCUGAGAGUGCCAACGCCGGCUUGGAGGAGAUCUAUGCGGCGCCUAUGUAUUUCGGCACGGAGAACUCCACAGUUGUGACGACGCAAAUUGGUGCGUCCGCACAUAUACCCUGCACCGUACAUCACAUUGGCGAUGGUGUGGUAUCUUGGAUACGCAAAAAAGACUAUCAUCUACUGACAGUGGGACUGACUACCUACAGCAGUGAUGAGCGAUUCAGCGCCACACAUUUGAAGCAUUCCGAGGAUUGGACGCUGCAAAUAAAAUUUGUGCAACUACGUGAUGCGGGCGUCUAUGAAUGUCAAGUGUCAACCCAUCCGCCCACAUCAAUAUUUCUGCAUUUGAAUGUUGUCGAAGCGCGCGCUGAAAUAUCUGGACCGCCAAUACGCUAUCUGACACCGGGCUCUACGCUGCGCCUGCAAUGUCGCGUCGUGCAGAAUACGGAGGCGUCUGAGUUCAUAUUCUGGUAUCAUGACAACCGCAUGAUCAACUAUGACAGUGAUCGAGGCAUAAAUGUUUCGACGGAGCCAGAUUUCCAAUCAUCGGAGUUAACAAUACAACGCACACGCCGUGAACACUCCGGCAAUUUUACCUGCGUGGCCAGUAAUACACAACCUGCAAGUGUGUUGGUACAUAUUUUCAAAGGUGAUAAUCCAGCAGCGAUGUAUCACGGACAUGUGGGCGGAUCGACUAAAUCAUAUCAAACGCAUUUGCAUGGCAUUACGGCCAUAAUAGCCAUGGCUUACCGAAUAAUACAGACAUAUGUGCAUGUUAACCUGGCAUAAUUACGCUGACGAGAAGCAACAACAAAAAAAGGCCACAAAAACAACAAAGGAGAGCAACACACAGCCGUUGAGGAGCGAAGCGGUAUUUUGGUGCACGAAAACAUUUCGAAGCUGCUGCACAUAAAUUACACGUAUUUACUAACAAAAACACAAAACCAUGCAACAUACAUAAGUAUACACAUACAUACAUACAUACUAUACAUAGAUAUUUAUAUGGGUAGGUAUAUAAGUUGGAUAAAACAUAUAAUAAGGCAUAAUGUAAGCGUAUAUAAUGUUAGUUGGUCAUGAGUUCACGAGCGCUGCGGCGUUUGGCUGCUUACGUAAUCGCAAAGCGAUUUAUGAGUGUGCAUGUUAGGGCAUUUGCAUAUGGAAUAGUGUGGCUGUGUGCGAUAAAUGUAAGCAUAGAAAGUCGUAUAGUAAAAAAAUUGAUAUGAAGUAGAUGAUUACGCGCUAGGUUGCAUGAGAACUGAAUAUAUUUAAAAGCGAGCAUACGUAUACAUAUGUAUAAUGUAUAUUUUGUAUGCACAUAUGUAUGUGUAUAUAUAUAUAUAUAUACAUUAUACAUAAAAUAAUCGGCAGUGUCGGUAUAGAAUAUGUGAGCGUAAAAAAUUUUGAGUGCAAAUUUUUGAAGACAAAAGUGGUGGAAAACCAAAAUUACUGUAUGUUUCUGUGUGUGUGUGAAGUCUGUGCUUUUCUAAAAAUUAUGGUUAGAGAAAAAUUUAAAAGUAAACUUAG